CAAAGCGUCCACCGCGACGUCCUCAAACUUACAUUACAUUAAGUAUUAGGACAUUGUACGAUCCUGUGUUUAUUCUUACAAGACUUUAUACAAGGAAAGGUUGCAGUGUGAAUAAUGGCCAAAAAAUUUUCUUCAAAAUUAGAGAAUGAAAUAAUAAAUGUGAGAAGAUCAGAGUCUCUAGAUGCUAACCAGAUAACUGAUUUAAUUAGAGCAUCUACCGAGGGUAUAUUCGGUCGAGUAAAUGUUAUCUACCUACUUGAGAAAGCCAACCUAGCAUUGACUGUUUGCACUGAAAAGAAUGUUGUUGUUGCCCAUGCUGCAUUCUUGGAUUAUCCUGCUCUGGAUUUUGUUGACCAAGCUAGCUGGGAAUCUUGGCUGCAUGAAAACUAUGACAGCAGUAAAUGCACUCCACUGAAUACACUCUUCAUGCAUCUUUUUGUGGCCAUAACAGAUGUAGCUGUUAGAAGUAUUAAAGAAUUAAUCAGAACAGUUUUUACUGCCGCACCAGAGCUGCAUUUCAUCUUACUCUUUACACUACAGGGGAUAGACUUAGAGCCAGCAUUAGAGGAAGUCUUUAAACCCUUGAAAUGCCUAAAGUCUAGCAAAGCUACAUAUGCUGCAUUUGUGUGCCACAGACAUGAUCACUGUCCAGUGCUGUAUGUCCGCAGAGCCAGGGUACGAGACCAUGAUGAUCUUAUUCCUAUUUUUACUCGACAAGAUGAAACUCUGAUAAAUACAUAUGGAGAGUAUUUUCUCGCAGAACUGAUUGAUGCCCAAGAUGAAGAGAACCAUGCUGUGGUUUGUGAGGUUGGGGGCACAGCAGUGGGAUUCAUGAGCCUGAGCAGUGAUGUGAACACAGAAUUCCUGAAUGAAUGUUUUGAACUGGUGCCUUUCCACGGUCUGCACAAACCUCAUCCUGAUGAUCUUCUCGCACAGCCUGUUGUGAAAUCACCCUCUGAGCCUAGUCCUGCACCUGAAAGAGAAAUAAACAGUCCAAGUAGUCAGAGGCCUGAAUCAUCUUCUUCACAGCAUUCUGCAGAGAGCAGCACCCAAAGUACAGAAAGCAAGGAAUUUGCCAAAGAUAAGCAAUCCACUAAUCCUGCUUUAGAAAACAAAGUCGUAGCAUCUAGACCUACAAGUACAGGGUCUGACACUUCUCAGGGAGACAUAUCACCCAAAAUUAAUGACCCUGAAUCCUUUGCUGGUGAGAUCAAAUGCCAGAAUCUUAAACACACAUCAUCAACAAGCAGAGAGAGUGGCAAGAGGGAUAACUUUCAUCCAGUAUACAAAGGAGAUCUAAAUGCUUUCUGCAUUCAGCUGUUUGGUAUUGAUGAGAAAUACGAGACAAGAUCCAUGGACUUUUUACCAUAUGCAUUUCAGCUUUAUCCGGAAAAAGAUUUCUGCAUUAUUACAGUUCCCCGCCUUGUUCCUGAGUUUCCAUUGUUACAGACUUUUGUCAGAGUUGGUCCACGAAGCUGCAGUACCUUAUCUCAAGAACUUUAUGUCUUCCAUCGUUCUGGACUACUGCAAUCUUUUGUAGUGAGACCUGCAAAGUCCAGUGAUAUGGUGGGAGCUGAGAAGCUGGUAAGAACCCUUGCCCUACAGGAUAGCAUACUGAAAGACCUACAAACCUACAACCAGGCUCGUAGAGAUGCGGAUGGAACUGCAGUGCAAGCCUUGGUAGCAGAAGUUAUGAGUCAAAUUGUUGGAAUUGCUAUAGUCAGAAAUGAAGAGGAAAUUGAAUAUAUUCGCUCACAUUAUAAUAUUGAAGAUUUUGUCUACUUUAACCAUCAUCAACGGGAGGAGCAUGGCCACCUUCAUCACUUUGUUUUGAAUCCAGUUUUCCAGCACUACAUUAAACACUUCUUUAAGGAGAUCCUCCGGCUAACUUACAAGUCCUGCCUAUAUUAUCCAGUGUAUCCAUCAAAAGAAGAAAUGAAGAGCCCCUGUGCCCAUUCCCUGACAUCUGCCCUUCAUUACAUGGUGCCGGUGCGGCCAAGACGACAGAUUGCCUAUCCAUUGAAAGAGCUUGGUAUAAAUGCUCCAUCAAGGCGGGUCUGUGAGGAUCAGGUAUCUUAUGCAUUGAACCACACAAACAGAAAGUUAACCCUAGAACCAAAGGUGACCAUCAAUGCACAGAUUGUUGUGGUUGGUGCCUCAGAUGUUGGCAUUUCUUUUCUUGAAACCUUAGUAUUUUGCCCUCAUCUGAGAUUUAACAACAUCACUUUGGUCUCAACUCAUGGACUUCUUGGAAACAAAGCACCCAGCCCUCAACAUCAAGCUUUUCUUGCUAAAAGCCAUUGCUAUAAUGAUAAGGAUUAUGCACUGAUGUCGCUGCAAUCCUGGGUUAAUGUUGUGGUUGGUAAAAUGACUGGAAUAAACAGGGCUGCCAAGUACAUAGUGAUCUCAGGGGGCCAGAAGGUGCCAUAUGACCACCUUAUUCUUUGCUGUGGGCAGCAGUACCAGGUACCCUGUCCAUCUGGGGCAGAUAUUGGCAAACUGGUGAACAACAGAGAGCUCUCUGUUACCCCUGACCAGAGGUUUACUAAGGAAAAACCAUGUAACCUGUUCACUCUGAAUGAUGAUGAAGACUGUCAGCAUGCCCUGCACUGGCUACAAGAUAAUUUUAUCAAUUUACAAGGUAAUGCCAUUAUCUAUGGAAACACUACUGAUGUCUAUACCACAGCGCAGACUCUCCUUUCCCUUGGAAUCAGUGGAUCUCGGAUACAUGUGAUAGAACCUCCCCUGAACUCCAUUGUUACCUGCUUUAACAAUUUUAUAAUUGAAAGUGGGGUGCAGGAUGCUCUAGCAAAAGCUGGCGUGACUUUGUACCAUAACAGUAUACUUGCACAGUGGAAUAAUGGUGGAGACACUAAUUCAAUUACAUGUGCUUCAUUUACUACAGACACAAAACCUUUCAAAUUGCAGUGCUUGGUUUUUUUCAGCUUUUACCCAAAGAAAGUGGAUUACGAAGCAUUCAAAGCCAUUAAUGAUGCCUGCCUUGUUUUUGAUGGAUGCUUAGUAAUUGACAAAAAUUUUCAUACCAAUGAUGCUGCAAUCAGAGCUGCAGGUCCACUGACCAAGUUUGCCCGGCGCUAUUAUGUAGAUGAAUUGUCACACAGUAACUUUAAUUCCAAAGAAAUUGGCUUCCAGCUGGCUGCUGCUAUGUUACAACUUUUUGACCCAACUAUUGAGUCGGUUGCAGAAUUACCAGAAAAGCUAGACCAUCUUAUCGUUAUGUACACUGCGCCUAAAGUACAAGGGGGGUUUCUGCCAGGAGAGCAUUAUUAUCUACAUGUUGCGAAACCAGGGAUCAGUGCCCCUUUGGAAAUUCAAAAGGCACAGUUACAUUAUGGAGAAGAAUUCAUAACUGGCAGUGUAAAAGAUGGGAAUUAUUUCAGAAUCCAUCUUAAUAGGUACAGCAUGGUAGAAACUAUUACAUGUGUUUCAAAGCAACCUUUUCCAGUCUCCAACUACCUCUGUCUUUAUGGGCAGCAUGAGCGAUUGUUAAAUGGGCUAUGUGCUCGAUUUGCUGAAAAUCUUAUCUCAGAUCUGUACAGCUAUUUUAAGGAGCCUUGGUGCAUGGCCAUCUAUCACGAUCGGUUUAUUGACUUCAAACAAGAGGUGCGUCAAAUCCUAGCCUCAAAACAGGUAUUUGAUGUCCCAACAAUUGAACAGAUGGUUUACAAGCUAGUAAGUGAUGGACUAAGUCUUUCUGAAGAUCCACAAGAAUAUUUACAGAAGCAGUAUGAAGAGUGUGGCUACAAAAACCUUGUGGAAAGAAGCGUUCUUAAUUAUUUGAAGUAUAAUAGUUACCAUCUUCCUAUGUAUGCACAACCUGGAAUGAUAUAAAUACUUUGGCACAUUUUCAUUGAAUACUUCUGAUAUUUACUUUCAGUUAACAUUAUGAUAUUGUAAGUAAAGGAUUAACAAAUGUUGGCUAACCAGGGUUACACAACCUUUUUUCUGUCUGCCAGGAAUGCAUUUAUUUUAAAAUAUUAAUAUUUGCUAGCUUUAGUGACUGUAUACUUAUGAUGAAUGUCUAAGCUUAUUUUCUGCUGUUUACAGACAUAAAGACAUACAAGACAACUCCAUUGUCAGCAGUAUGAGGGGUGAAACGUUUCACAUUAAUUAAAUUGUUAUGUUCUUGCAUGCAUCUUGAAAAUGUGCAUUUUCUGGGUAGCAUCUGAUAAAGAAGUAUGACUUUAUUAAAUUCAUUAAUGAUGUAGUUUUUAGGUGAGAAAUGUUAGUCAUUUCUGAAAGUGGGCCACAUAAACCAGAAAACUGCAUCUUACUUGGACAUAGAUAUUGUAUAUAUGAACUACGCUAAGUUGAAUACAGUAUGUGGAAUACAACUGUAGACCUCAAGUAAUAUUCUCUGUAUUAUUUGGAUAUUUAUGCUUUCCACAGCAGAGGGGUUCAUUAAUACUAGGUGUUCUUUGAAACAAGUUGUAAUGUUAUGUCUUCCUAUUUGUUCUUGUUUUUGUAACUAGCUCAUGGCUGAAAAGGGAUCAUUGCAGUCCAGUAUAACUAUCUGCUUUAAUUAAAUAUAUACAAACAGAGAGAUACAUAUAUCAAUAAAUAAAAGUGUUGACAAUUA